AUGACGGGUGUAAGUGUUGGAGGGAAUAGUUCAUCUAUCCCACAAUCAGUUUCUACAACUUCAUCAGGAACCGUUGUAGACUCUGGAACCGUCAUUACUCGAUUGCCACCAGCAGCCUAUUCUGAGCUUCGAUCAGCAUUUCGUGAAGCAAUGUUUGAGCAUCCCGUGCAUUCUUCCCAGUAUGGUUAUUCAUUACUGGACACUUGCUAUAACUUAAAUGGAUACGAUACAACGACGAUACCAACCAUCGUGUUGCAUUUUGCCGAAGGUGCUAACUUGUAUAUUGAUUCCUCUGGGAUUCUAAUUCAACCAAACAUAACUCAUUAUUGCUUGGCUUUUGCCGCAAACAAUGCUGAUACGAUUUGGCGAUCCUUGGAAAUUUUCAACAGCGAGGAAUUGAAAGUGAUUUAUAAUGUGACUGGGGGAAAGCUGGGAUUAGGGACAAACGCUUGCAGUACUGAAACAGUCCAUGAUAGAAACACAAGAAGUCCUUAA